AUGGGAGAAGGAGAAGAGAUUCAUGUAGCUGAAGAUGAGAGAGUGAACAUUAGUCUUAAGGACCUCUCUAAGAAGCUUGAGGAAUUUGCCAAGGCCAGAGAUUGGGAGAAAUACCACAGUCCCAGAAAUCUACUCCUUGCCAUGGUGGGAGAGGUAGGAGAGCUAUCAGAAAUAUUCCAAUGGAGGGGAGAGGUGGACAAAGGGUUGCCAAAUUGGGAGGAAUCAGAUAAGGAGCAUCUGGGAGAAGAGCUAUCUGAUGUGCUUCUAUACCUCAUCAGGUUGGCUGAUAUAUGCGGCAUUGAUCUUGGUGAUGCUGCCUCCAAAAAGAUUGUCAAGAAUGCAAUCAAAUACCCACCCAAACCCAAACUCUCCUUCUAA